UCCGACCGUCGCUCUGAAGCUGGGCAGUGAUAAAUGGCAGCUUCCCUGGUUUGACUGUAGUUUCUUAUUCCGUGUGAGAAAUUGUUGACCUAGAUUAAUAUUAGAGAUGUGGUUAAAUGUGACGAGCAGGUGUAAACGAGCGUGUCAGUCGUCCAAGCUGAAAAUACACAGCAGCAACAGAAUAUAACUACCCGUUAAAGCCCACCACGGCCGCUAACUUGCUGCUUAAAGAGUUUAAAAUUAGGCUGGAAUCGUCAAAAUGGAGAUUCACGAAGGAGCCGUGGCUGUGGGCGACAGCGUUCUGGACUUUUCCCGACUGAGCUUGAAUACUUUUAACGCUGACAGCGUCAGCGACGAGAGGAAAAGGGACACCAGACAGCUCUACUUGAACUACAACCGCUUAGCCUCGCUGCCCUCCGCCCUAGGCGUUUUUUGCAACCUGGAGCUUCUCGACAUCAGCAACAACGGACUGGCGUCUAUAUGUGAGGACUUAACGCGGCUAACAAAGCUGAAAACACUCGUAGCCAAGAACAACCGCUUGGACGAGUUCUCUCUGCCCAAAGAGUUCGGCUCCCUGCCGCUGGAGGUCCUCAACCUUAGCGGGAACAGAUUCGAGGAGAUCCCGUUGCAGUGCACCAAACUGCAGCGUCUCCAGUCGCUUUCGCUCGGUGGAAACAGACUAAAAAGUAUACCAGCCGAGAUAGAAAACCUGACCAGUUUGGAGCUGUUGUAUCUGGGUGGAAACCUAAUCUCGGCCAUUCCUCCUGAAGUGGCCAAUCUGCCCUACCUCAGCUACCUGGUUCUUUGUGAUAAUCGCAUCCAGAGUGUGCCACCAGAGCUCACCAGGCUUCACUCAAUGCGGUCUUUAAGUCUCCACAACAACCUGCUGACUUAUCUGCCCAGAGAGAUCCUCUGUCUGGUGCACCUGCAGGAGCUCAGCCUCCGGGGCAAUCCGCUAGUAGUACGCUUUGUGAAGGAGAUGACCUACGACCCACCAUCUCUGCUGGAAUUAGCAGGACGAACAAUCAAGAGUCGAAAUAUUCCCUACUUCCCCCGUGACCUGCCUUCAAAUCUGCUACGAUAUCUGGAUUUAGCCAGCAAGUGCCCUAACCCCAAGUGUGCAGGUGUCUAUUUCGACUCAUGUGUUCGCCAGAUCAAAUUUGUGGACUUCUGUGGAAAGUACCGUCUCCCUCUCAUGCACUACUUGUGUUCUCCAGAGUGCACCUCCCCCUGUAGCUCCAACCCACAGAGUGACGCAGAGUCAGAAGAUGAGAACAGCGUUCCUGUCGACCGCCUGCAGAGGGUGCUGUUGGGGUAGUAGGGCGGAAAGUAACCUCUGGUGUUGUCACUGUGUUUAGUGUCAUUACAGACUCCUCCAUGACCUUCUGAGCUGAUUGUACAAAUCUUGCUUUCACAUACCCAUCAUAAGUAUUCAUUAACGUCACGUCUUCAGGUGUUUUGUUAAAUUGCUCGUAUCGUGGCAUAACAAAUCUCACAGUAAGUCUUACUCCCUGAUGUUAAAAGUCCUUCAAACUGAUGAGGUGAAAAGCUGUUACUCAGUCGAUGGAUCAGUACUUGUCUUGAAGUACUAAAGAGAGUAUUUGAAUGAAGUGUUAAUGCUAAUGCCUUUACAGGUAUUGGUAUGGUGCAGCCCUAUUAUUAACUGUGUAAUUUAAACCAGAUUGGCUCAGUCAAGGCCAGUUCUGAAUACUUUCUGUGUGAACUUUAUAGGUAUAGAGUAGUUUAACCCACAGACGUUCAGGGAGAGCGAGUCUUGAUACUGGUGCUAAGAACAUGUGUUGACUCACUUUUAUAGUUGUUAUUUCUCAUGACUGUACUUUUCAUAACAUGAGUGGCCAAAUAAUUUUCAGUGUGACUUUAAAACUUUAGAUUAAUGAAUGAGUGCUGGUCCCAAGUUAGAGGAAAGGAGGGCAGCACAACACGCACGUUUGCAGUGUGAACUCAAAAGUUGUAGUAGGUUUGGGGUUUUUUUUUUUUCAACUUUCAAGUGAAGUAUUUACAAAGGCAUUUGGUGAGCACCAAAUGCCUUUGCAAAUACUUCACUUUUGUAAUGUUUAAGCUCAUUAAAUGAUUCUGUUUGUUCCAUAGGACUGGACAUGAACAAAGGGUUUUUUUUGUUUGACUCGCUCUAGCUCUAGUUUCUAGCUCUUUGAUCAAAUUGACAUUAAAGAUUGUUAAGGAGAAAAACAAAAUGCCUGGGACUUUUAAGUAUGUCUACAGAAAUAGAAUGAAUGCACAAGUCUGUGAUCAGAGAGGGAAAAAAAUAGACAGUUUCUCAGCAACACCACCUUUGUUUUUAGAUGCUUGUUUUAAAAGUUAUAAUAUGUGUCAGUGUGUAGAAGAAUGUUCAUCCAGACUUACUCACAGGAAGUGAAUGUGGGCUGGACCAGGGAAACUAUUCGCCGUGUCGGCCCAGAAACAAUAGCUGUUGUAGCCAAACACAGUGGCAGCCUUGGUGUCUAUGUUCAGGGCGGCAGGUUUUCUCUGGACUUAAACACACUCUGUGUAGAUGUGUGUGAGUGAAUGAAGCCUGCAGUUGGAACAAGUUUGUUUUUUCACCAUGAGGCAGAAACCUAUUGUUAAUCUAAACGGAAAUGACGUCCGCCUGCCGUUACAUCACUGUUCCCCACUCCUCUGUUACAGUACAAGCAUUAAGUGCCUUACUUAUGGUGACACAGUAGAAUGAAAGAAAAUGUGAUUUUUUUUACCCUUAAAUGUGACAUUUAUGCAACAACAUAUAAACAUAUGUAUAUAUUUAUACACAUAUAUGUAUAAAUAUAUCUUGAAUAUGCAUUAAUAUAUAUUAAUAUAAUAUUGCAUUGAAUCAUUUCAAUGCUUCUUUUACUUAUUGGCUUAAUCAUAACAAUAAGAGAAAAAGUUAUAUUUUAUAACACAUAUGUUUUUAUAUAAAUUCCCUUUUAUAAUACCAUAUUUAAAUGUCCUGCAGAGUAGAUGGAUUUAAAAAAAUAGAAUACAAAUGUGUGUAUUUUACCUUAUUAGAGGGAUGUAAGUAGGCUGUACAGUACGUGUCAGAUUAAUUAAUAAAGACUGAUUGUAAAAUCUUAAAAUA